UAGGUGCUGAAGGAUUUUUAGGUUAUAAAAUUUUAGUUAGUGAUGUUGCAGGAACAUGGGAAGUUAUUAAAGUACGUUUCAUAGCUGUAGCAUGCGGCGACCUUAAUGAAAAGAUUACAGUUGAUGUUAAAGGUGAAAUUUUAGAUUUAAAGAAUACUGCAAAUAAUAUGUGGAUGGGAUACUUUGAAUUAAAAUUAUGA